GCUGCUGGUUAGCGCCGGUGGUCGUGGCCGUACGUGGUGUACAACGAUGCGUGUAUGCAGUGGAAACUGCUACGGAACAUGGAGCCGCUGUUUCAGCCUGAGGGUGUGUAUGCUGGACAAGGAGGGAGUAGUUGUACCCUGGAUCACGGUGGAACGGACCAGGAGAGCCGGUCAGAGCUGGUGGAUUCCCUGGUGCGCGGCUUGAGCUGCGGUCGGAGCUUCUCGUAACCCCACGUAUACCACGUACUUAGGCGCGUCGAUUAUUGUAUAGGUACACACGGAUACAAGUCGGUGUACCUUGGCGGACUGAGGAAAGCACGAGAAUUCACGAUGUCUGAGUGAACCGAGGCGAGGGUCGAGAAGAGCCGAGGGUGGUCGAGGACAACCGGCUGCGCACGAACGACGAAUCGCCGCGGGAACCUGUCGCACGGCACGAAAGUCGAACAGUCUCUCACUGGCGCUCGGCGCGAUAGCCUCCCUUGCGAGGGGGCUCGAGUGGUCGCCGGUAGACGUUCCAUCCAACCAGUUUCUACCGCUUCUUCGAAGCCCGAUGGAACUCGAGGAGGUGGACAGUUGGCGUCGCGUCAGGAUGGGACGCUAUCUCCUCGUCGAUGCUGCACGCCACGUGACUUGGAGUACCUUGACUUUUUGGAUCCUCGUCGUCCUGUCGUCCAUGCACGGUUGCGACGCCUCGUACGAGAUGCAGGGUCCGAGUUUCGUGUCGGAACCACCAUCGCGGGUGGAAUUCACGAAUGUGAACGGCGGCAGAGUGGACUGCAUAGUUAGAGGAAAUCCGGCGCCGACCGUCGACUGGCUGGCAGCGGACGGCGGCAGUAUAACGAGUAUCCCCGGCAUCAGGCACGUCCUUGGCAACGGGACGAUCUACUUUCCUGGCUUCGAGGCCGAGGUCUUCCGGCAGGACGUCCACUGGGCCAUUUAUAAGUGUUCCGCCGUCAACAGCGUCGGUGCCAUCGUUAGCAGAGACGUCACUGUCAGAGCAGUGGUGAACCAGCGUUACGAUCCGGAAGUGCAAUGUCCCGGCGGUUUCCUCGGCAACAACGUACUUAUGCGAUGCAACGUACCCAGUUUCGUUCGCGACCACGUCACGAUCACGUCUUGGCUUCAGGAACCGUCCUUCAAUAUCUACCCGUCUACGAUGGGAGAUGGCAAGUAUCAUAUGCUUUCGAGCGGCGAGCUGAUGAUACUGAACAUCACGAGGGAGGACGCGGAACAAACUUAUCGGUGCAGGACGCAUCAUCGUCUGACGCAGGAAACGGUCGUCAGCAGCAACGUUGGCAGGCUUCAAUUGACUGAGAUACGGAGCACCAUGCCGCCGAUGAUAAACGAGAAGGUGGUUUAUAUGUCGGCCCGUCUGAAAGACACCAUUGUGAUACCCUGCGUCGCGUACGGAAAUCCUACACCAACCAACAGGUGGUAUUACAAUAGAAAUCAGAGAGAAGAGCCUAUCGAGGACACAUCUGGGCAUUACAUGGUGAGAGACGGUUCGUUGAUCAUACAAGGGGUCCAGGAAGGCGAUGCUGGCUCGUAUAUGUGCACCGCCAGUAAUUCGGAGGGCAGUGAAUCCAUGGAAGUGAGGUUAACGGUGUCUGCGCCAUUGAGCGUUCAUGUUCAGCCGUCGAUUCAAACCGUCGAUCUUGGAAAAGCCGCUCAUUUGACUUGCAGCGCAAGUGGAUUUCCGCAGGCGGCGCUGUACUGGUUGAAGGACGGUCAGCCAUUGAGAACGGGCGUUCGCAUAAGGGCGGUUUCCAGGGAACGUAUUUCCGUGAUGUCGGUUGCACGGGAGGAUCGUGGCAUGUACCAGUGCUUUGUGAGGAACGAGUAUGAAAUGGCUCAAGGAAUUGCGGAAUUGCGGCUGGGCGAGAUCGCGCCGCAGCUGGUCUACAGGUUUAUCGAACAGACAAUGCAGACCGGUCCAUCGGUUUCUCUGAAAUGCAGCGCCGCGGGUAAUCCCACCCCGCAAAUUUCCUGGCUUCUGGAUGGAUUUCCGCUUCCACAAAACGACAGACUGCUGAUUGGCCAGUACGUGACUGUGUAUGGGGACGUAAUAUCCCACGUUAACAUUUCUUCGGUAAAGUCCGAGGACGGCGGAGAGUACGAGUGCAUCGCGAGCAGCCGGGCUGGCGAGGCAAGACACUCGGCGAGGCUCAAUAUUUACGGUUUACCAUACGUCAGACCGAUGUCGACGGUUUCGGCGGUGGCCGGGAAACAGUUUCACAUCAAAUGCCCGGUAGCUGGAUACCCCAUCGAGUCGAUCAUUUGGGAAAAAGACGGUGUAAGGCUGCCCACGAAUAUGAGGCAAAGGGUGGCAAACGGCAGUCUAUACAUCGAUACGGUACAACGAGCCGCCGAUCAAGGCACUUACACAUGCAUCGCCAGAAACAAGCACAACUUCACCUCUCAACGGUCGGUCGAAGUGCGGGUUCUAGUGCCACCUAAAAUCACGCCUUUCAGUUUUGCUCGCGAUUUAAACGUAGGGGACCGUACUAGCGUACAGUGCGUGGUCGUGACUGGCGAUCUGCCACUGACGUUCACGUGGCUGAAAGAUAACGUGCCAAUAGAGACGAUCAGGACGUCGCAGGAUGCUACGUCGUCAAGCCAUAGCCGCGUUCAGGCACCGGCCAGUCAUGGAGACGCGAUAAAGGGUCCCAAAAGGGGCCCGAAGGCCGACGGCCAGGGGGAACAGUCCCCGAGAAAGGCGAUUACCGUCCGCCAAUAUGACGCUUUUACCAGCGCCCUGAGCAUUAGCACGAUCGCACCCGCGCACAAUGGCACGUACACCUGUCGCGUGGCCAAUGGCGCUGCCACCGUCGCUCAUUCUGCACUCCUUCACGUCAACGUGCCACCACGAUGGACGGUGGAACCUAUCGACCAGAACGCGGUUGUAGGUCACGGAGUCUCCAUUGCCUGUCAGGCUGAAGGAUUCCCUAUUCCGACUGUGACUUGGAAGCAAUCGAUUGGUGAUACUCCGGGCGACUACAGGGAGCUGGGUUACAGCGGAACGGAGGGAGCAGGGGUUGCUGGGAACGGGUCUUUGGCGAUCCCACGGGUAUCCAGAGAUCAUGCCGGCUUCUAUCUCUGCCAAGCUAGCAACGGUAUCGGUCCAGGCCUCAGCAAGCUCAUUCGGCUAACAGUUCACGCCGGUCCUCAGGUAUCGGUGAAGACGCGACAGGAAUCGGUGCGACGAGGGGAGAGCGUAACGUUACGCUGCGAAGCCGAAGGAGACGCACCUCUUGAUCUCAGCUGGCGUGCGCGUGACAGCAGAGUCGAUCCCAACUACGAUGUUAGGUACACGAUAGAUAACCAGAAGGUAUCCGGACGCGUGAUCUCCGAGCUGCGGAUCAUCCAGGCGAACCACAUAGACCGUGGGGACUACACGUGCGUGGCAACGAACGCGUACGACCGUGCCAAGGCGAUCAUUAACUUGCUGGUCCAAGAGCCGCCGAAUUUUCCCCGGAAUUUGCGCGUAGCCGAGCAAGGCAGCCGAUCGUUGCUGUUAGCCUGGUCCUCGCCGUCCAGCGAACAGGAUCCGGCUCACGCCAACUCGCCCAUAACCAACUACAUCGUGCAGUACAAGGAGGCGCAGGACGUGUGGCAUGAGCACAACACGCAGAAGAUGGUGGCAGGGGACAGCACGGUUGCCCUGGUGUCGCCUCUAAAACCGGCGACCUCCUACCACUUUCGGGUGCUUGCCGCAAAUCGCCUUGGAACAUCAGCGCCAAGCGACAUCCUUCAUGCUCAAACCGACGGUGAAAUUCCCAGUGGACCACCGAGACAUGUUAUCGCCGAAGCCCUAGGACCACAGCAAGUGAAGGUCACCUGGCAACCACCAGAUCGAUCCCUAUGGAAUGGCGAACUCCUCGGAUACACCAUCAGCUACGCCAAUCUCGGAGGGAAUGAUCAAUCGGUGAACAUCACCAGAGUGGGAAUCACCGGGAACGGGGAUGGUUCGUACGAUUAUAGGCUAACCAGCCUCCGGAAGUACACCCAGUACAGCAUCGUAGUGAAGGCGUUCAAUAAUAAAGGAGACGGACCAGGAUCUGACCCGGUGAUGGUGCAGACGCUCGAAGAUGUUCCAAGCGCUCCGCCGCAGAACGUAGCCUGUGCCGCGUUAACCGGCCAGAACAUCCAGGUGACCUGGAAACCACCGCCUUCCGACAAAGUUCACGGGGUCGUGCAGGGCUACAAGUUGCUGUACGAGGCAGCCAGCGCCGUUCUGGAACAGCACGAGGGCAGGGAGACGAAAAUCAGCCAUGCACUAAGCACCGUGCUGCAUGGCCUCAGCCCGUACACCAAUUACACGGUACAGGUGCUCGCGUACACCAGAGCUGGCGAGGGUGUCACCAGCAGCCCGGUAUCCUGCACCACCGAAGAAACUGUUCCGGACGCGCCGGAGCGUGUGAAGGCUGUGACCAGCAACGAGGACGCUGUGGUGAUAUCCUGGCUACCACCACGUCGACCGAACGGCAUCCUCACAAAGUACACCGUUUAUAUCCGCGUGUUGGACCAGGGCCAGGAGGUGAAGAUCACUAAAAGCUCGCUGCCUGCGCAGAACCUGCACCACGAAGCAACCGGCCUGAAACUGCGCGAGUCCUACGAGGCCUGGGUUACGGCCUCGACCAAAGUAGGGCAAGGACCUAGCACUCCGGUCAUCAAACUUCAGUUGAGCAAUACCGUUCGAGCAGCCAUAAUAUCGUUCGGUGUGCCGCUCGUGGUGCCGUGGAGGGUGGACGUCAAUAUGGCUUGUCUCGCCGUUGGUAAUCCACGUCCAACGGUGGAAUGGCGUCGAGGGGACGUGAAACUGCAACAAAAAUCCGACAUCGGGCCGGACAAUUCGCUGACGCUGAGGAACGUGCAGAGGACUCACGAGGGCAACUAUUCCUGCCACGUGAAGAAUCCUCUCGGCUCGGACGAAAUCGUGUACACGCUGCAAGUACAAGUACCGCCGACCCCACCGACUUUGCUGACCACAGGCACCACAACCGACGCUGUUCAGCUGCAGUGGAAACAGGGCGACAAUGGAGGCGCGCCCAUAAAGGGAUUCUUACUCGCUUAUCGGCGAGAAUUCUCCGAAUGGGAGGAGGUGAUGCUCGAUCGAAAAGCGAGCACUCAUCUCCUGGAGGGUUUGCAAUGCGGCACAAGGUAUCAGUUCACCCUGGCGGCGUUUAAUAGAAUCGGUAGCGGAAGUGCGAGCAAAAUCGAGACUGCGAAGACGAACGGGACGAAACCUAUCCCUCCUACGAAGCAUCAGUUGAUCAAAGUAAAUCAAACAUUCGUCACUUUGGAGUUGACGUCCUGGCAAGAUGGUGGCUGUCCAUUGCUGUACUUCGUCGUUGAGUAUAGAAGACUUCCUGGGGAUUGGUUGUUGGUGUCGAACAACGUGCAACCGCAAUCAAGGUUCCCGAUCGUGGACCUAGAAGCUGGUACCAAAUACGAGCUCCGUGUGACGGCUUACAACAACGCCGGUUCAACGCAAGCUGAGUACCUGUUCAGCACUCUAUCGCCGAACGGUAGUAAUCGGAUGCCCGACGAACAUCCGCCGGAAAUCGAGGAAAGCUCGCUGUUCUUCGACGCUCACGUGCUGGCUCCUAGCGUGAUCUCGUUGCUCGCUGUGUUCCUGGCGGUGGCUGGUGUCUGCUUUUGCCUGAAAACUCACCCGGAACGAUCUGGUCGAGCAAACGAUCCGAAUUCGCAAACGCAGGCCGCCCUGGAGAACAAACACAACAUGGAGCAAAGGGAACAAUACUACGCGACCGUGAGGAAACCAGGCCAACAGUCACCCUGUCGCGAGGAAAACCUGUCGGCGAACCCGAUGCGACAGGCAUUCUACUACGAACGCAGCGAAACGAUGCUGCAAGGAAAUCAGUGCGACAUGGACCAAUACACGAAGGUCCGUGGGCGAGCACGUCGCAAGUCAAAGUCGUUCAAAUCGGAAUCCGAAGAGUACGACACCUUGGGUUCAGACAGCGACACGGAGGUCGGUACCAGUAGUCGCACCGAGUCCUCGAAUCAUCUGGACGACUCCGGUCCAGCGUCCAUAAUGACCCGAUCGCCAGGGCCAAACUCGAUCGGCCAGAGGGAGCAACGACUAGCCCUUGUCCCGAGGCCGGUUCAUCAUAAUGUGCUGUACCACACGCACGAAUCAAGUACAUCAACCGAGCCGUCACCAAUUUCUGAGAGGAAGACCUUCCCGAGGCUCGAGAAGCAAAGGAAUCAAGGAGCAACGUCCGACAUUGGGAUGGACGGUCGCGUGCCGGGGAUCCUGCGUCCCGUGAUGAAGCUGUCCGAAUCCGGGAUACAUUCGUAUUCGAGGGGAGCAUCGCCAAACAGGCCGUCGAGGCCUGGUUCCUGCGACAGGCUGACAAAACAGCCGAGCCCGAGGAAAUCCGUGGAGUCGUUGUGCCUGCUGGAGGAACCCGGAUCGUCCAGGAUGGCAAGGAGAGAGGAGGACUGGGGCAGCGAGCUGUCUACGUUGGAGCUGAAACCACCGACAGGUUUCACGGAUGCGCACGAGACCAGCGAGGCCGAAUGCGACAUCGACAUGAAGCUGAAACUCCACAGGAAGAGGACGGGUUUUCCUUCUAACUCGCUCUCGAAAUCACCUAAAGACUUCACUAUCACUGUCUAAGUGUCUAAUCAAAUUAUUCGCAAAUUGCUGCCAACACGAAAAAAGGUAUAUAACGAAUAUACGCAUAAAACGAUGCCAAGCAUGAUGAGUGUUAAUUAAAAAAAAAAAAAAAAAAAAAAAAUAACUACGAUGAAAAUUUCCUCGCCGUUGAGAUCGUCGGGAUCCCCCCAACGCUUCUCUGUGGAUGGAUGACUGUCUUUCCGUGUAACUAUCUUGUCGACGAUCCAUUUACA